GAAGGAGCAGGGGCAUUUAGGUCAACUCAAUCCCCUUAAUUACCAAAAUCUACAGGUGGACCCCUUCCAAGCUCUACAACUAUAAAAGCCAUACCUUCCAAUACAAGCCACCCUUAUUUCCUCCAAUACACACUUCUUCAUUAAUACCCACUUCUACACUCUCUCCCCCCACCUUUUUCUUUUUCCAUUUCUACUCCUCUUUUUCUCUCCUCCAUUUCCACUUUCAUUUCUCCACUCGAAACCAUUAUACCAACCUCAACCCAAUUUCAUUUCAUUUCUUACUACAUUUCUUUCAACAACAAUGGUUGAUGUAGACCGAAGAAUGAUCGGUCUAAACCCGGCUCACAUCGCCGGGCUCCGUCGUCUAUCUGCUCGUGCCGCGUCCGGCCCAUCUCCUCCUACUCCUCUUCCUUCCCGCGUUUCUCUCUCUUCUCUCGCUUCCAAACUCAUCUCUCACCUUAAAUCAUCCGGUAUCCAAGUCCAACCCGGGUUAACCGACUCCGAGUUCGCUCGCUCCGAAGCCGAGUUCGGGUUCGUUUUUCCACCCGACCUUAAAGCUGUCCUCCAAGCGGGCCUUCCUGUCGGGCCGGGUUUUCCCGAUUGGCGUUCACCUGGGGCCCGUCUUCACCUCAAAGCUCUCAUCAAUCUCCCUAUUGCAGCUAUCUCUUUCCAGAUCGCUAAGAACUCACUCUGGUCAAAAUCAUGGGGCCCACGACCUUCCGACCCGGAAAAAGCCCUUCAAAUCGCGAGAACUUCUCUUAAACGGGCCCCACUUUUGAUUCCCAUUUUCAACCAUUGUUACAUCCCUUGCAACCCGUGUUUAGCGGGUAACCCGGUUUUCUACGUCGACGAGAAUCGGAUCUUUUGUUGUGGGCUCGAUUUAUCCGACUUCUUCGAACGAGAAUCAUUAACAACUUCUAGUACCUUCGAUGAAAACACUUCAUUACAUAAACAGAGAUCCUUCAGUGGAUCUUCAACUUCGUCGUCCUCAUCAUCUUCCACGUACUCCAACCUCUCUAGAAGAUCUCUCGAAGGUUCUAGAACUCCUCGAUGGGUGGAGUUCUGGAGUGACGCCGCCGUUGAUCGCCGGAAAAGGAACUCAAACUCGUCAACUUCGCCGGAGAGAUUCUUCGACAUGCCAAAGUCCGAAGCUCCGAAAUGGGUCCAGGAAUACGUAAAUCAAAUCGGGUCGGUUUUAAAAGAAGGUGGAUGGAAUGAAUCAGACGUCUCAGAGAUUGUCCACGUGUCAGCAUCAGGAUUCUUCGAAGGUGGUGAGAUGGUAUUGUUGGAUAAUCAAGCAGUAUUAGAUGCUCUCCUUUUAAAAGCGGAUCGUUUUUCGGAUUCCUUAAGGAAAGCCGGGUGGAGCUCCGAGGAAGUAACGGAUGUGUUCGGGUUUGAUUUUAGAGUACCGGAAAAGGAGAGGAAACCGGUAAAAAAUCUGUCGCCUGAGUUGGUUGAAAGGAUUGGGAAACUUGCUGAGUCGGUAUCCCGGUCAUCAUCAAAAAUUGGUCUAACAGCAAUAGCAUCUUAAUUGGCGGGGUUACCGGUAACUGCGCAUAGAGAUUCUAUUAUCUUUUCUUUUUAAGAAUUAUUAUUAUUUCUGUAUUAUUACUAUUAUUAUUAUUACUAUUAUUUUUUUUUUUUUAGAAAAAAAAAAAAACAACAUUUUGGAACCAUGGGAUUAAGGUUCUCUCUUUUUAGGCAAAAAAAACGAAGCGUAGAAAGAGGGUGGAGAUUUACUCGGUGUUGUACUAUGAAAGGAAAGCGAACAUACAAAAAAAAUGGAUAUAAUAUUUUUAUUUUAAUAAUAAUGUAAUGAAUGAAUAUACAACUCUAUUUAAUUUU